AUGACAGCUAGAGGGAGAGAGGAUGAUAGCAAUGUUGAUAAAAAUACAUUAAGAUUCUCAUGUGCUCUUCCGGUUCUAGGCGCUUCGGGAGCCGCGGCUAAAGGUGCAGACGUGGCCAAGUCCAAGAACCACACCACACACAACCAGUCCCGAAAAUGGCACAGAAAUGGUAUCAAGAAACCCCGAUCACAAAGAUACGAAUCUCUUAAGGGGGUGGACCCCAAGUUCCUGAGGAACAUGCGCUGUGCCAAGAAGCACAACAAGAAGGGCCUAAAGAAGAUGCAGGCCAACAAUGCCAAGGCCAUGAGUGCACGUGCCGAGGCUGUCAAGGCCCUCGUAAAGCCCAAGGAGGUUAAGCCCAAGAUCCCUAAGGGUGUCAGCCGCAAGCUCCAUCGACUUGCCUACAUUGCCCACCCCAAGCUUGGGAAGCGUGCUCGUGCUCGCAUUGCCAAGGGGCUCCGGCUGAGCUGUAUCUGUGAGUUUUUAUGGCAUUUGGUUGCUAUACAGAAAAAUAAGAUUCUAAAAAGAGAUCAAGAUGUUCUCUCCACAUUGGCUUGGAGCACCAUGGGUUUUGGCUACACUUCAGAGUCUCAAGAUCUUCGUAGUCAUGGCACCAGAUGUCACUUAUCACUGUCACUUAUCACUCUUCAGGUCGUGGCAGGAUAUGCCAGUCCUGAACAGAAACAACCACCUCUAGGUACCAGGAUAGCCAUAAGAGACCCUCCUCAACCAAGCAGAUAG